AUUAAAUACGUACAUUAAACGUGUUAUACGGGUUUUAUACGUGUUUAGACGAAUUCAAUGAUGAGAAGCAGGAAAAUCGACGGUGAAUGAGAUAAUUAAGAGAAUCCAAAAUUAAGAAAUCGACGACGGAUUAGAGGAGAUAUACGAAGAUGAGGGGAGAUGAAGAAGAUGAGGCGCCAUUGAUGAAUAAAGAAGAAGGGGCUACUCUUGUAAAUAAUAGUUUGGAGAAAUCGGAGAACGAGUAAGGAAGAAAGGAGAGUAAGGACAUGAAUUCCACAAGUAUACGAUUCCAAUUUUUUAAUACUUUAUCUCCUUCUUUCUCUCUCUCUCUCUCUCUCUCUCUCUCUCUCUUUCUCUUUGACUGCUCGAUUCUUCGCCUCCGAUGGCCACCGUCGCUGACGGAGCCUCACCGGGCGCCGUGGGCGGUGGUAGGUCCUAGGUUUCAUUGUUUAAUGUGGCAGAAGAGAAUCGCUUGGAGUACUUUGAACCAAAAUGGUGAAUGGCUAACUUCGAAUCCCUAAAUCGGUCAUUGAGGAAGGGGCAAAGAAGUGGGAACACAGUUUAGUAGGGCAGUUCUUUAUGGCGACUCCUCCGAUUUCAGCUAUUCGAUAUUGGGCAAACUGAAUUUGGGGGCGCGAUGGCGAGGUUAAGGUGUCUAUGAAGAUCAUCUCGUGCUUUUCCAAUUCCCGUAUGAGUGUGUGUGUGUCGAUGGGUUUUUGAGGGGGGAUGCUUGGCAUUUUAAGGAGAAGAUUGUGUGUCUGAGGCGCUGGGUUCCGGUAAUCAAAACGCUUGAGAUUGACAACUCGGUGGUUCCAGUAUGGGUUGUUCUUACAGGAUUACCAACUGAAUUGGUUUUGCGAGAAGGAUUGCAAGUACGGUGGGUAACCCUUUGUGUAUGGAUCACUUGACUACGCAUAAUGAGCGAGUGGGACGAGCGAAGAUUUGUGUUGAAGUAAGUGCGAAGAAGGCUAGAAUAGAUAGAGUCAGUGUAACCCCGGAUGGAAUGGAGGAUAUAUUUGUUGGGGUGGAGUACUAUGGAUUACCCAGAUGUUGUGACAAGUGCAAGGUGUUUGGGCAUGACUGCUCUUUACCACCAGUAGGGGUGCAAACCAAACAAGUCUGGCGAGGGAAGAAAACUCAGGUUUCCAAUCCAGUUGGGGUGGAGAAGGAUCUGGUGGUGCAGGAUGCUAUAGUGGAAAAGGUUGAUAAAGGCAAAGAUGUUGUGAUUGAUACUACUCCUCUAGUAACACCGAGGGCCUUACCAUCUCAAGAGUUUAACAAGGUUAUCAAUGGGGUGAAGCCCAAACCAAAGGUAACUACUCUAGUACUUCAUUCGAAUGCUUUUGAUGUGUUAUGUGGAAAUAAGACAGUCAAGUUGCAUCCUCCACCAGUUAAGAAAGCAAGCAGGGAGGGGGCUUCGUAGUCAAGGUGGCAGCUCCUCAUAGAUGAAUGUCUUAAUAUGGAACGCCAGGGACUUUAAUAUCCCCGGGAACCACGAAAAGGUGCUUCAUUAUCUACGUGUGAAUAAAGUAGUUUGUUUGCUUUGUUGGAAACUAGAAUACAGAAGGUUAAGAAGAUAGAGGAAAUAAAACUAAAAUUUAUAGGCUAUUAGUUUGCUGAUAAUUACAUUAAGCACAAGCUGGGUAGGAUUUGGAUUGGGUGAAUGAUGAGGUGGUGCCGAAGGUUCUAGCGACUGAAGAAGAUUAUAUUCAUACUAUGGUUUCCUUGCCAAACAAGAAUAAAUAUUUCUUUACUAC